CCAAGUGUCAAGCUCUCCUGCUGUCUGCUCCCAAUUUAUUUAAUCUUUAUUUUAUGGGAUGGAGGUUGCUAUCAAAAAGUCAGACCCGCUCCCUGGCACUGAUCUCAUGGAGUGUGGUUCUUUUAUAGUAUUAUUAGCUUCGGCCGGCAAUGGUGGCGGUUUCUUUCAGGCAUUAGUUUGCUGCACUAUGCGACGCAAUCCUUGACGAAGUCAGGAAAACCAAUAUCAUUGGUUUCGAAAGCUUCAAAUAAGCUUCUGGGAUUUCCCAUCCACCAUAAGACUACAUAGUUAGCAGAGCAAGAGAAAUCAAGAAGCAAUUUCUUUCUUGAUGGGGAAACGAAGGAAAUCAAAAUUCAGUGUCCUCGCCUGUCUUCCGCAAGCAGCAUCUCCUGUCACGUUCCAGAGUCCACCAACCAGCCCUCGCAUGUCCAAUACUGACAGAGGUUUGUCUGGUCGGAUCGUAUCGCUUGUUCCAAAGGAGGCUAGAACAAAGGCUAGGAGUGGAUGCUUUGAUGAUGCACAAGAGCCCUCAUCCCCUAAAGUUUCGUGCACGGGCAAAGUCAAUAACAAAAGCAAGAAAAAACCACAAGCAACUAAGUCAGACUCUUGUCCUGAACCAACAGUACUAACGGUUCUCAAAGGAAAGAAACAAGGUCUGCAAUCUGAUACCUCUCGUGGGAGGCCGCCUGUUGCAGAUAAACCUCCUUCUUUAGGUCACAUGAAGCAGUUCUCGAGCAAUUGUGGCGUGUUAAGAGAUUUUGAUUGGAAGGCUCAUGAUGUUUCAGGGAUGCCAGAUAACUCAAAUUAUAGUUCAUAUGAUGAGAAGAACGGAGAUAAAGAGAAGGUGUUUAUUGUAGUGGAAGUGGAUGAAGACAUUCCUAGAGAGCCAAAGAAACAAGUAGAAUUGUGGAGGAGAAGAAGCUGCAGGACUCCUCCUGGACCUCUUCAAUUGGAGAAACAAGCACGUUGUUAAUGUUUUAAUACCAAGUUUAAUUUGUUCAAGUUUUAUUUCAACAGCACGAGCCUCCUCAUGAGGUGGUGAUCAUGGUGGUGAAGGAGGUGUUCGUGGUCGUAGUAGUGGAGGAGAUGAGGUGGUAAUUGUGUUGUGGUUUCUUCAUAAGCAUAAGCUUCUUAGUUUUAGUUGCUGCAUACUUGGCCAUUGUAAGAAAGAAGGCGACGGGUAAGAAAGAUCCACGCUCUCAUAAAAAAAAAAACGAAAAUAAUAAAAGGGCGGAGACCUAAGAAACGAUUGUAUGUCAUUGACACGAAGAGUCGCAAUUGUAGUGAAAAUAUAUUAUUCCAAA